GCUCCUGGUUUUCAGCAGGGAAAAAGGGGCGAACGUACGCGUAGCCAGCAGCAGUAGCGGGGGAGGAAGAUGAUGAUGACUCAAGUGGCCAACCACAGCAAGAGGAACCACACCGACAGCUACUUCAGCGGGAAGCAGCAGCAGGCCGGCGCCACCACCGCCACCAGCAGCGGCUCGGAGGAGUUCGGGGGCAUGGGGUCCAAGAAGCCGAGGAACGCUAGCCCCAGGGGCGGCGGCGGCCCCAUUUCUCCCAAGGAGAAGAAGGACAAGGUCGGCGAGAGAGUGGCGGCGCUGCAGCAGCUCGUGUCGCCAUUUGGGAAGACGGACACAGCUUCUGUUCUUCAGGAGGCCUCGGGCUACAUCAAGUUCCUGCACCAGCAGCUCGAGGUUCUUAGCUCCCCGUACAUGCGCCCUCCUCCGGCGCCCGGCGCCGAGCCUGAGGACCCCGAGCACUACAGCCUGCGGAACCGCGGCCUGUGCCUGGUGCCGGUGGAGCAGACGCUGCAGCUGACCCAGAGCAACGGGGACGACCUCUGGGCGCCGGCGAACACCACCAGGCGCUGCUGAAGCGAAGCCCGAGGCUGGCCCAGUCUCGACGGCGGCGAUGGCCGCACUGCGUGGCAGGGGUAGAAUUCCGGUGCAAGCGCGCGCAUGCGCAUGGCUGACCCAAUUCAGUCAAUCACCUAACACAAUCGUUUCAUUUCGUUUCGUUUCCGUGAACAUCCUCAGCACACCCUGUGCUGGCGCCGGUAGUAUGUAAAAUUAAUCAGCCCACCUCUAUCAGCAUGUUAUUUGGAACAUGGUUUGACGGAGUUGAUUCUGAUACUGCAAGGCA